AUGUCGGAAAUUCUCGAGAAGUUGGAAGAAGCACAUGUAGAACGUGUCAGCUCUUACGACGAGCAAAAAGGCACUCCUUCAGUUAACAAAGUCAACCUUGCCAACUGCAAUCACUGCACGACGUUUCCUAACAGGUGGUCGAGAUUCAGGUAUGCCAUCCGUGAACCAGCCGCCGAGUUUCUAGGCACGAUGAUCUUCGUGAUCUUCGGUACCGGUGUCAAUUGUCAAGUGUUUCUGUCAAUGAACCCGAACGUUGAAGCGGUCCCAAGAGGGGAUUUCCUUUCGCUCAACUUCGGCUGGGCUGCAGGGGUCGCACUUGGGGUGUGGAUCGCAGGAGGUAUAUCUGGAGGACACAUAAACCCUGCGGUCACGUUUACUCUGGCAGUUUUCCGGGGGUUCCCUUGGGAAAAGGUGCCAGUCUACAUCUUUGCCCAGCUAUUGGGCGGGUUUUGUGGUGCCGGUGUUGUCUAUGCCAACUACUUCCAUGCAAUAGACAUAGUAGAAGGCGGGCCCGGCAUCCGAACUAUCAGCGGUUCAGGGGAUCUUCUUGCUACAUAUGCCGCGGGCUUCCUGACCCCUUUCUUGGGCUCUGCGAUAUUGAUUAUUGGUAUACUCUGCGUCACUGACAAGAAUAAUGGACCGCCCCCACAGGGUCUCGUUCCUCUUGCCCUAUUCAUUGUGGUGCUUGGCAUUGGGGCCUCUCUCGGUAUGAACACGAGCUAUUCCCUGAAUCCUGCUCGAGAUUUAGGGCCGAGAUUCUUCACGGCAGCCGCAGGCUAUGGAAGCGCUGUGUUCACGUACCGCAAUCAGUAUUGGCUAUGGUGUAUUGUGCUUGGUCCAGUCAUCGGGAUGUUAUGUGGUGCAUUCAUCUAUGACACACUAGUUUUCCAAGGCGGCGAAAGCAUUAUGAAUAAACCCAACGCCCAGGUCAAAGAUCGCCACCUUCGGGCCUGCCCAGGACAAAGGGGAAAGCCGUCUGUAGGGAUGGAGAGUGCUUGA